AUGGUUAACGUUAACGUCCAAGGAACUUUAAAAAGAUGGGGUAAGAAAUGGACCACCAGAGAAGGUUUGUUAGGUGAUUAUGAUUAUGGUUACUUAUUCAUCCCUCAAUUACCAUUCACCAAAAAGACCCCAAAGACACAACCAUUUUUCGGUUUAAAUGAUAAAAUGCCAGUUAUUUUAGGUUUAUUAUUAGGUUUCCAACAUGCUUUGGCCAUGUUGGCAGGUGUAGUUACUCCUCCAAUUAUGAUCUCAGCAGCUGCAAAUUUAGAUGCUGAUACUCAAAAUUAUCUUGUUUCUACUUCUUUGAUUGUCACAGGUAUCUUAUCAUCUGUUCAAAUCACCAGAUUCCACAUAUAUGGUACUAAAUAUCAUAUUGGUACUGGUUUAUUAUCAGUUGUAGGUACAUCUUUUGCAACCAUUAAUAUUGUUUCUCAAGGGUUCCCUUUGAUGUAUGAAAAUGGUGUUUGUGAAAUCAUUGAUGGUGUCAAACAACCUUGUCCUGAUGGUUAUGGAAAGAUUUUAGGUACUGCCAUGGUAUGUUGUUUGAUUGAAGUUUUAUUGUCAUUCACUCCUGCUAAAAUCUUACAAAAAGUUUUCCCAAGUAUCAUUACCGGUUCAGUCGUUUUACUUAUUGGUGCUCAUUUAGUUCAUUCAGGUGCUAACGAUUGGUUAGGUGGAAGUUAUUGUGCUCACGGUACUUGUGCAUCAAAUCAUGGGACAACAGCUCCAUGGGGAUCUGCCCAGUUCAUUGGUUUAGGAUUCACUGUUUUCGUAAGUAUUGUAUUUUUUGAAAGAUUUGGAUCUCCAAUUAUGAAAUCAUGUGCUGUUAUCUUAGGUUUAUUAAUGGGUUGUAUCGUUGGUGCCGCAACUGGCUAUUUCACCCCAACUCAAAUCGAAAAUGCUAAAGCUGUCUCUUUCGUUUGGGUCAAAACUUUCAAAUUGGGAUUUUAUGCUCCAGUUGUUUUACCUUUUAUCAUGGUUUAUGUCGUCUUGAUGAUGGAAGCUAUUGGUGAUAUCACUGCCACUGCUGAUUUAUCCAAGGUUGACUUAGAAAGUGAAGAAUUCGAAUCAAGAGUUCAAGGGGGUGUUUUAGCUGAUGGGUUAUUCGGUGUCUUUGCUGGUUUAAUGACUAUGACUCCAUACUCAACAUUCGCUCAAAAUAAUGGGGUUAUCAGUAUUACCAAAUGUGCUUCCAGAAGAGUUGGUUACUACAACAGUGCUAUUUUAAUUAUUAUGGGUGUUUUCGCCAAACUUUCAGGUGUUAUCUUAUCCAUUCAUAAAUCAGUUCUUGGUGGUAUGACUUCAUUCUUAUUUGCAUCAGUUGCUGCCUCUGGUAUGAAAAUUAUCAGUGAAUCUGAUUUAUCCAGAAGAAAUAGAUUCAUCUUAACUUGUAUUUUCGUUAUUGGUUUACCACCAAUUUUAAUGGAAUCUUGGUUUAGUAAUGUUUUCACUUACGACGGUGACAACACUGGAUUAAAAUCAUUCUUCCAAGCUUUAACUUUAGUUGCCAAUAGUGGUUUUGCCAUUGGUGGUUUCGUUGGUUUAAUUGUCAACUUGAUUUUACCAAUGAUCGAAGAUGAAGUUGAAGAAAUCGAUGAAGUUAUUGUUACUAAUCAAAUCAACAGUAGUUCCAGUGCUGAACAACAAUACGUACACAAGGAAAUGGAAAAGGGCAUGAGCUCUGAAUAA